AUGCACAGAAACAAGGGUGUCGGCGCCUCCAGAGGUGCCGGCAUCCUGAGCGCCCUGCAGGCAACGGCGAUGGUUGACACGAGGUCCAAGCUGCCGGCUGAGAUUUUCCACUCGCUCCUCGACUACCUGCCCGUGGCGGAUCAGCUCCGCGUGGCGCAAACGUCGCGAAAACUGCAGGAAAUGGUCUACGACGAUACGAGGUGGGUGUCGCGGCUCAAGAGCAUGAACUGCUGGGAUGAGCGGGAAGCACGGAGACGGUUCGAAGAGGCUGUUCGCAAGAGGCGCGAGGAAGCACAGCGAGCUGCUUCGCUGCCAAGCGGUCAAGCGAACGGGGCGGCGGCGGCGGCAGCGACGACGACGACGACGACGACGACGACAGCGACAGCGACCGGGGGCCAGCCGCAGCCGCAGCCGCAGCCGCAGCCGCAGCCGCAAGCCACCACUCUGUUCGAUGCGUCUGCCCAAGGCCAAGGCCAAGGCCAAGGCCAAGGGCAAGGACAUGGGAGAGCGCACUCGGAGCUUGCAGAUGGGUUCGAAACCCUAGCUGUUGGCGGCGGAGCAGCCGGCACCGUUGCCGCCAGCAGCCAGGGCCCUCGGGAUUCAGAGGCCUACCUCGACGUCUUCAAGCACGUCAAGAGCGUCCGGGGCGGGGCCAGACACGAGUACGGCAAAAUCUACGGCGCACUGGCGCUGUUUUACUUUGACAUUGUCAAGGCCCAGACGCACGCGGAUCCCAUCGUCUUCAAGGCGUUCCGGGACCCCGAGCAGCAGGCCCAGAUGCUGGCCAACUUGGUGCGCUUUGCCAAGAGCGACUGGUCUUCGGGGUGCGACGAGCGCGAGAGCAAGCUCGCCAGCAUGGUCGGCUUGUUCGAGAGCGCCGUGCUUCGCGAGUUUGAGCAGGGAUACGAGUUCCGCGAGGUCGACGGGCGCAUGCGCCGGUACGCGCACGUGCUGCACACGCUCAACGGCGCGCGCGGAGGCGUCGACCUCUUCAUCCACAAGCACCCCAUCUUUGCCGACGCCGACCUGGCCCGCAACCCCAUCGCCGACUGCCUGACGACCGGCGGCGGCGGCGGCGGCUCGGCGGAUGAGCUGUCGCUGGAGCCGUCCCGACGGUUUUUCGCAACCUUGCUCGCCAAGGUCAACGAGCAGGCCGGCGUCAUUGAGCGCAUCUUCCCCGACGCCAGCGGCGUGUUUUGGGAUUUCGUCGACAAGGUCAGGGAGGACAUCGUCAUGGAGUACACCACGCCGCUGCUGGACGAGAGCCACGAGCGCGGCGUCGGCUUGUACCUCAAGGCCGUCUCGGGCGUGUUUGAGCAGUCGAUGCGCUUCUUCCAGUCGCUCGCGCCCCCGCGGGACGCCGGCCAGGAGGACCGGCGCGCGGACGAGGCGGCCUCCGAGGCGGCCUCCAAGGCGAAGCAGCUGGCCUUGAGGGUCUUUGAGCCGCACCUGGACCUGUACCUGCAGGAGGAGCUGGAUUUCUUCACCAGGGCUGCAGAGGCGGAGGUGUCUCGGUGGGAAAAGAAGCGGUCCGAGGAGGACUCGUCCCUGGAAUCGUUCUACAUGGCCAACGUGAACCGGUCUGCGGACAAGUCGGACUUUUUGAGCUCCUUCAAAAAGGUGGUCAUGAUGCCGGUCACGGUGCUGCCCAGCUUUCCCAUGGGCUCGCCGUUUGCGACGGCAAAGCCCCCAGCUGCUCCAGCCGCCGCCGCCGCCGCUGCCUUGGCCGCGCCGUCCCGGCCGGGAACGCCCGGCGUGGGCGGCAGGGCCAGCCCCAUGCCCGGCGGCAAAGCCCCGACGGAUGAGCUGGCGGCCAAGGCGGCGCUCAUGGCCUCCAAGCUCGAGGGCAUCAAGUCGCUGUGCAGCAUCGAGGUGGCGCUCAACCUCGUCCACCUGGCCAAGACGAGCCUGGGCCGGGCGGCCGUGCUGGUCCCCCUCGGCGGGCAGGUCGGCGGGGAGGCGCGGGAGCAGUGCGCCAGCAUCUUUGUGGUGCUGGUGAGGGUCCUCGGGCAGCGGCACGUCGGGAGCGGCUUCGACACGGCCGUCAAGCACCUCUCGCAGUACAACCCGCGCGACAUGAGCGACCACCGCCGCCACCGCCGCCGCCGCCACCACGUCGACGACGACGACAACAACGACAACGACGACGACAACGACGACGCCGCGCAGCGGCUGGGCGUGGCCCCGCUCGUCACCUUUGUCGAGCUCGUCAACGUCGGCGACCUGAUAUCGCAGAUGAUUGACGUGUUUUACGAGCAGCAGCUGGCGGCGCCCGGCGUCGCCGACAAGAACGACUUCCUCGACCCGGCGGGGCUGGCCAAGAAGAAGUUUGAGCAGAUGCUCGACGAGAGCGUGGCGGCCGGCCUCAACAAGGGCAUCGACGCGCUCAUGCACGAGGUCGAGUACAUUGCGUCGACGACGCAGCUCCCGACCGACUACAACCCGCGCGCGGGCGGCGCGUCCUCCUCCCCUCUUCCCCCGGAGGCGGCAGCCGCCGUUUCCGCCGUUUCCGCCGCCGCCGCCGCCGCCUCCCCCGCCGACAGCGACGUCGGCCCCUCCCAGACGGCCCGGCGCAUCGUCGGCCUCGUCUCCUCGCACACGAGCAUGCUGGCCGGCACCACCGACAAGGCCAUGCUCGACGUCUUCAACGGCGAGGUCGGCCUGCGCCUCUUCGCCGCCCUGUGCAAGCACCUCAAGCGGCAGCGCGUGUCGACCGCCGGCGCCGUCAGGCUCAUCGCCGACAUGAACCUCUACGCCGACUUUGUGCGCACCCUGCGCCACCCGGACCUGGCGGCCUACUUUGCCGCCCUGCGCGAGCUGAGCCAGAUCUACCUGGUCGACCAGGCGCACGCGAGGGACCUGGCCUCGGUGAUUGCCGACGGGGACCGCUUCGGCGGCGUCUUCCGCGCCGAGGAGGUGUACGAGUACGCGCAGCGGAGGGCGGACUGGUACCUCAUUCGGAAGAGCGUGGAGAGGGCCAUGUACGGCAUGGACUGCGUGCUCAUGUAG